AUGUCUGAAGAAACACUGGUAGACGUACAUGACGACGCUCUCACUGAUACACUUCUAGCGUUCGAGAAGGAGACAUUGCUGAAUGGGCGCUACGAGGUCGUUGAAGAGCUGGGGUUCGGCAGACACUCGUCCGUUUGGCUUGCCCGCGAUACAUCCGUCGGGAAAUGUCCGCUACGAGCUGUCAAAGUGCUAACCCGACGCGCGACGCGGCUCGAGAUGGACGAGCAGGGGCUCUCGUACGAGCUAGAGCUCCUAAGGAUCAUCAAGGAUGCGAUUCGGCGCAAGCCCGACGACCCUGGGAGCAGUCAUGUCGUACAAUUCUUGGACGACUUCACGCUCUCGUCGCCGCUUGGCGACCACCUCGCACUCGUGACGAACGUUCUCGGUCACCAUGUGGGAGAGCUACAAGCGGAGUUCGAGAAUGGGAGGCUUCCCUCGAGCGUCGUGCGCCAUUUCGGCAGACAGCUCCUGCAAGCUCUCGCGUUUCUUCAUGACGAGUGCGGGAUCGUACAUACAGAUAUCAAGCAGGACAAUAUUAUCUUGGACGACUUCGGUGCCACAGACACUAACGUUAUGGAAGUUUCGAUAUCUCUGGCGGAUUUUGGGGAAGCCGUGCCUGCACACGGUGAUCACUAUGGACUCAUACAACCGACGACGCUCCGAUGUCCCGAAGUCAUCGCCGGUCUUGAAUGGGACGCAAAAGCGGACAUUUGGAACCUGGGCUGUCUCAUCUUUGAAUUGCUUGCCGGCACAAGACUAUUCGUCUCCCAAGAGACACGCAAUGCGAACGACGAGCUGCUCGUCUCGAGGAACCAGUUCCACCUCGCGCACAUAUACUCUUACCUGCAACUGCCACAGGAAUCCGAUACGACGCUGAAUAACUAUCUCUCCCAUGGUAGAUGGGCUGCGGAACUCUUCAGUCACGAAGAGGGAUUGCGCGCCAAAGUCACGAGCAAGAUGUCGCUUGAGGAGAUCCUACACCACUACGACAUUUAUACUCCGGAAUUACUUCGGCUUUUGCGAGGAAUGCUGAGGAUACUUCCCCAUGACCGGCUGUCUGCGCGGGAGCUGCUCUUGCAGGACUGGUUCCAUGUCCGGGAGCAUGGCUUGGGCGGUAGUGGGCCGAAUUCGGUGCUUGAUAAGGAUGAUAACGUAGGCACAUUUGAGGGACUACACUCAGAUAGAGUAGGAGAGAGCGAUUGA